AUGGAGAUGGAGAUGCACCAAAGUGACUAUCAGCAAUUUACUAAAUUUUCCCCUAAAGAUUUAGAGAUUGCAAAGAAUGUACUCUUGAAUCCGAACCUGAAGCCAGUAUUAGCUGAGGCUACUACCGAUUCAAAGGAUUGAGAUAUUUUCUUUAGAGAUAGCACUUCGGAGCAUGAUAUCAGAAGCUCUGAGUGCAUCUCUAUCGAAUUUGACCACCUUGAGAAAAUAUCUCAAUGAUCUGCAUUUUCAUUAAAAGAUUAUCAGAUCUAUGAUGACUCAGGAGGUUCAACAUCUAGUGAUGACCCAUGAAUAAUCAAGAUGAAACUGAUACCUGACUGAGCUCAGAGUGUCAGUACCAAAAUAUGAACGAACUAUGAGAAAUCAACAUAUCAAGGAGACCCAGUCCCUUCUAUUUACGAGGAUGCUUUAUGACCAUCUGAAAUAACCCUAAACCUAAACAACCAAUGAAGUGUUGAUGAAGAGCCCACCAAAUUUGUAAUGCCCAUGCCCAAGAAGAAAAAAUCGGAAAACAGAUAUGAUACACUGUAUCGCUCGCUUCUCAGGAAGAUGAGGAAAUGGUAUCAAUCUUCUUUUAGAAAGAAUACUGAUUAUGAACAGCGCAAAAAGAGCUACAAACUGGUUUUUCUCGAAGUGCUUGGCGACUUUUGAAAUAUUUUUCUGAAGCAGCCUUCAAACAAAUAAUUUAGUCUUUACACUAGCUAAUCUCAUCAAUCCUCGCUUGAUUCAAAAGAAUAAAGCUUCUUUCUGAAAAGAAUACAGCACUCUGAGCACAUUUCUGAAAGAUAUGGCUACUAGAAAUGGUUCAGGAAAGAGUGUCUUUGAAAACUUCUCUUUCAUUAAAAUGGAGAAAACAAUAUGCACUAAGGAGUAUGACAUCUUACUUCGCUUUUUCAUUGAUAACUGAGAUACCACCUUUACUGAAGAUGAGAGGUAUGCUCUUCAGCAGAUGCUGAAAGUAUCAUCAUACCAUGACCAGCAUGGGAUGAACUCUUUCUCAUAAUUUGUAAUUUUUAAGGUAACAAUUUCACCCAUCCCUCUCACUCCUCAUC